GUGAUAAGUUUUGACACUCAUGUAAACCCCUAAAACCACUAUCACAGUGGUGAUAAGGGAAGCUCUCCAUCAUCCUCUUAUUUACCUCGGGCCUUGUCAUGUCUCUCUCUCUGCCCUCCAGGUAACCACUGAUGUACUUUCCUUUACAAUAGAUUAGUUUGCAUUUUCUAGAAUUUUAUAAGAUUCUUCUCAUAAAGUGUUUCCUCUUUUUGUUCCCCUCAGUAGGCUCAUGUGGCUUCUUCAUUUUGAGAUUCAUCAAUGGUGCUCAUGUGAGUAGUUCUUUCUUUUUAUAUUGCUGGGAAUUACAGUGUUCCGUGGAUGUACCACUAUUUGUUUAUCCUUUCGUCUGUUUAUGCAUAUUUGAAUUGUUUCCAGUUUUUCACUGUUGCAAAUAAAACCACUAGGAUAUUUGAAAACAGUUCCUCAUAUCCAUAUGUUGCAUUGAUCUUGUGUUAAUUUUUUGAGGUGCAGUGCCUGAGUCACGGAGUAGGUGAGUAGAUACCUUUUUAAGAAAUGCCAAACUGUGACCUAACAUGGUUGUCCCCUUUUGUCUUCCUGCCAGCAGUGAAUGAGACUUCCAGUUCUUCCAUUUCCUUGCCAAUAGUGGGUAUAGUUGGUUUAAGAAAUUUUGACUCUUUUAAUAAAAGUGUAACCAUAUCACACUGUGGUUUUAGUUGCAUUUCCCUGAUGUUUCAUGAUGCUGAACAUUUUUUCAUUUGUUUAUUUGCCACUUGUAUGUCUUUUUUGGUAAAAUGUCUGUUCUUAUAUAUGUCGUUUAUUUUGGCCAUUUCCCAUUUCUCCAACAAAUAAGAAGAGCGUGAAACAACAAAGACUUGUGUCUUUCAUUCUUUCUUGAGUGGUGACUUCUUUGCUGUAAGAAGUACCUGUUUCUGAAUUCGGGAACAUUUCCUGAAUGUUUUUGUGCUGUACACAAUGCAGUGACCAUGCCGAGUGUCUGUUGUAAAGGCUAAUCUGCGUGAUGAACGGAUUCUCCAUCACCUUAAGUGUAGUACUCAACAAAACAAUAAAUCAAGCCAUGAUUUGUAGCGUUUUCUGAUUUCCCUGGUGUAAACACUCCCACCAUGGCCAAUUUAAACCUGCGUACAUCAUGUGAUUGCACAUGGAGUUAGGAAGAGUUGCCAGUGGUACACCAUGAUCUUCUAUUGCUGACAUACUUCACCAGUAUGCCAGUAACCUCUAGAACAUAGAAAGUGAUAAGAUGUAGUGAAAUGGUUAGAAAGUGACAAGUUCUUAUGUGUCCUUUAAAACAGUUUAAUGGAGGUAUAAUUGACUCUAAAGAGACAGCAUAUACUUGAAGUUUAAAUUUUGCUGUAACCAGGUUAAUAUAAGACCUUGUGUCCGACUGCAUGUGAUGUACACCUCCUUUGUUCUCAGACAUCCGUGUGCCCUUAAUGGAUACUGCUUCCUCUGUAGUCAGGAGGACAGGCCUCCUAUUAACACGUUUUGCACACUGGGAAUAGUAUUCCAAGGUUGUCUGUACGUAGGGACCCUAAUUCUAUAAAUCACCAAGAUUGGAGAAUUCUGACUUAGCCAUGUGCUCCAAAAUGAGAGACACUACCAGGGAGAACUGACUAACUGUUUAUGCAAACAGUUUGAGAAGUCUUCCUGUCAGAAGAAAUCAUAUAAAUAGAAAAGACUGUAAGAAACUAAUCACUAACUUUUUAGUUUAUCGUUGACUUUUUUUUAAAGCGGAAGUUAUUAAUGAUACCACCUCUGUCCUAGUUGGGGUACAGCUCAGUCUCAACUUAUUGGCAGAAGUUGUGAUGGACAAUCGCAUUUUUGUAGAUUUCUUGUUGGCUAGUCCUGGGGGCAUCUGUGUGCCAUUCCUAAUACUUCUUGUAUUACGAUUAAUGAAACAGGCAAGGGGGAUCGGGCUCUCUGUCCCCUUAAGGAUCUCUAAGUUGAUGCUCAUGAUCUAUGGGAUCUGUUCUCCUGGCCUGUGUUGGGCAGUUGGGGUUCUUGGUUUUGAAGCACUUUACAGGGACUGUUAAUAGUUUUUGAGUUUGGCAGAGUGGUCCUGAUGCUGGUUGGUUGCCUUCUAGCCCCAGCCUUAAACGCUUAAUGCACUUGCUCUCUCAUCAGAUGACAGCCGUGAUGAUAGAACAAUAAAAAGGUCAAGAUGCCCUUGCAUUACAGAUGCCAAUGAGUGGACAAUCUCUGACCAGUGAAGAGCUGAAUCUCUAGUUUUCCCAGAUGGAUCAACCUCUGACAAGCGAGAGAAUGACCAACAGGGGUGACAGAGAGAAUACAGAAAUAGACAGUGGCCAGACUAUAUGUAAAAAUAGAUGUCUGACCUAAGUCUGCCGCAACCUGCCCAGGAAACCAACUUAUUAUCUACAGUUACCAGCUCAAGAAGGCAGCUAUCGAUAGGUCAGAAAUAUAGGCAGUCAGACCUCCUGCUCUGGCAGCAAUCCAGGAUUCCAAACAAUAACCCCUGUCAUAGUUGGCCCCACGUGGCCUGGACUUGUUCAGUAAUGCUCAGCUCUCAUAAUUUUUAUCCUCUCUCGCAACUUAGUAUGAACCAGAGAGAUGCAAAUAUGUGCCUAUAAGCAUUCACGUGGAACACUCUGCUUCUAGUUAGCCCACUUACAGCGUCCCAAUCAGAGCAUAGGUGAAGCCUUCACUGUUUUCACUGUAAAGCUUUGCCGCUCCUCUGCAUGCCUUUGAGGCUCUGCCAACAUGCGGGCGAUGGUGGCUGACUCCCUUGCCAUAACAAGCUCUGAAUAAAUAGGCUUUGAGUGUGCUCAUUGGGUUGGCCUUCUUCAUUUCUUCAGCUCUUAGGACACCUUCCACAAAGUAAGUGUAGGCCAAAUACUGUGUUGUAAAUUGAUUUGAAGUCAUUUUGACUCUGUGAUUGUACGAGUAUUUAUUUGAUGUAGCAUUCGAUUGUUUCCCUUCAUUUUCCAUCUUAGGUUAUUGAUGGUCUAGCAACUGAUGGGUUUACCUAUGAAGGUACCCUCCACUAACAUCUUUCAAGGAGGCAAUGUUAGAGUCUCAGUGGCGUUUGGAAGUCAUAGCGUGGAUAGAAAGCAGACCAUUGGUUGAUCAGAACUUUGUUUCCGUCUUUUCCCUGCAAGUAAAUGGUACUGCAGGCUCCACUUAGGGACAUCUGGCUUGCGUAAAGUUCUGAGAAACUUAAAACUUCCUCGUUGGUGAAUUCGCCUAAAUCUUGCUCCUAUUUGUCCUACUUAAAUCCCAUCUUUCCUUUCUUUUCCUUCCCUCUUCAGUAUUCUCCUGAGCUGGCUAAAAUACCUUCGUGUCCCCUGAGUUUCCAGCUUCCACAUGGAGGAGACCCUUUGCCAGAAAAUGGACGUUCAGCGUGGCUGCGUUCAAGUCCCUGGCGUUGUUAAAGACUUCUCAAAUCCCAGCCCCAGUACAUAGUUGUAUAUCGUAGUUGUAGAGUUGUAGCUCUUCUAUAUGGGACGCCGCCUCAGCAUGGCUUGAUGAGCGGUGAGUAGUUCCGCAUCUACGAUCAGAACCUGCAAACUCCGGCCUGCUGAAGUGGAACACGCGAACUUAAUCACUACACCACUGGACGGGCCCCAACAAAAAUCUUUUGAAAAAGACACUUGAAAAGAAAUCUGUCUCAUCUGUAUAAAAUGGCUGGUUGACACGCGGGGAGCACCAGGGAAGUGGUUACUUGUGCGCAGGAAGCCCCUGUUAGCUCAAGGAAAGAUGAGAGCCCCAGAGCAAUUCCUGGGCGCUCUUUCAUUCUGGUGUGUCACAGUUGCAAGGGAAGCCUGGUUUCUCAUUCCUGCUUUUAUCUGCUGGAGGUCUGCUUCCUCAGGACACUGCCCUUCCCCAAGAAGGAGCCUGGGAGCAGGACCGUGUUGGCUGUUGGAGAUACAAAGUCAUUUCCCAGCUGAGUUUGGAAUUCAGGCUGUUUGCCAGACACUUGUCAAAGCUGCAUCAUGUGGUUCCCACAGACAGUAUGUGUGUCCUUGCAGUCGCUCAGGUCAGAAGGUAUCUGGAGUCGUCCUUGAUUUCUCUCAUGGUUCUGUACAUGCAUCCCGUCACUCCAGUUGACUCUGCCUUCAAAGUCUGUGCAGAAGCAGACCACUGAUUAUCCUCUGCCCACCCAAGCCCCCUAGUCAGUGGGCUCCCAGCCGGUUUCCCUUUCUGCCCUUACCCUUCUUCAGUCUUCAACCAGUAAAGCCGUCAGAAGGAUCCUGUUCACGUAUAAGAUGGUGCCAGGCCUUUGCUGAAAACUCUAGCGGGUCUGACUCAGAGGGGAAGCCACAGUUGUGCGAUGACCUGUAAAGCUGUGUACAGCCAGCCCUCCGUUACUGCUCUGCUCACGGCUUCAGCCUCUCUGACCACACUGACGUGGACACUGUUGUUCCCCGUGAGCUCUAAGCAAACUCCACUGACUCUGGGCUGUGAAAAUUGCUGGACUAUCUGCUUGGAUUGCUCUUCCCCCUUGUGAUAUUGUGUUUUAUGAUAAGAAAUUGGUAUUUGGUCUUCAUACUGCUUUUUGGCAAAGAGCUCCCAGAACCCUUGGAAUUUCCUGUGAAGAGAGCGAUAAAGGAGUCUCUUGUUAUGUUAGUGAGGUGACUUUGGAUGCCACCUAAGGGUGGGGCUGGUUGCUAGGAGAACCAACCUUGCCAUCAGAGAGUUGCACAGUUCAGUCCCACCCACCCCCACCCUAACCUGGGGGUAGGAGCAGGGCUGGAGGUUGACUCUGUUGCUAAUGGCCAGUGAUUUAUUAAUCAUUCCUGUGCAAUGAAGCCUCCAUAAAACCCAAAGGACGGGGUGUGGGGAGCUUCCAGGUUGGUGAACACUUGGAGGUUGGUGAGAGCAGUGAGCUCCUGGAGAACAUAAGCACCCUGAUCAUGCCUGGCAGUUGUAACAACUGUUGAAACCUGUUGCCUCUUCUACAACCAGGGCAGUUUUUACCACUUGUCCAGAGACAGAAGAGGCCUCAGUCAUCUCAGGUUGGAGUUCAAGAUGGAAAAUCCAUGAAUAUCAACACGGGAGGAUAUUUAUAAAGAUGAUUUAUCCCAAAGAUGGAUGUCAGAUGCCAAAAGGAAUUGAAUAUGGUACAAUAUGGAGUAAGACACAUUAAGUGGGGAGCACCGGAGCGCUGGGUCGGGGCUGAGGUGACAGGACCGCGGAGGCGCGGGAGGUGGCGCUGUCCCCUUGGUGCAGGGCUGGUCUGAGGCUCGGCGACGCCGCCCGUGGGACCCGCGCCAGGGCCAGGACAGGGACCGCCGUGCCCGGGUCCCCUCCUUUCCCGCCGCUCCCGGCCCCGCUCCGCCCCGAGUCCUAUGGCGGCGGCCGCGCGGAGGAAGCCGGCUCAGGACAGUGUGACCUUUCACGAUGUUGCCGUGUACUUUUCCCGGAAGGAAUGGAGGCUCCUUGAUGAGGCUCAAAGAUGCCUGUACCUGGAUGUGAUGUUGGAGAACUUUGCACUCAUAUCCUCACUGGGUUGCUGCUGUGGAGCAGAGGAUGCGGAGGCUCCCUUUGAACAGAGCGUUUCUGUAGAAGUUUCAUCUGCCAGGACUCCCAAGGCAGCUCCAUCUUCCCAGAAGACCCACCCCUGUGAGACGUGUGGUCCGGUCUUGAGAGACAUUUUCCACUUGGCUGAGCAGCAGGGAACACAACGCAGCCUGAAACUGUUGAGGUGUGGGGCUUGUGCAAAACAGUUUGAUUUCAGUGCAAAGUUUCAACAGCACCAGGAGCAGCACACGGGAGAGAAACCCUUCAGAAGCAGUGUGGACAGGGCCUCGUUUGUGAAGAGCUGCAGAUUCCCUGUGUCAGGGAAGACUUUUUCCUUGGGGGAGGUUGGCAAGGACUUCCUGGCCAGCUUGGGACAUCAGCAGCAACAGACCACUCAUACCAAGGAGAAGCCAAACAAAAUCACCCAGUUCUGGGUCACUUCACCAAGCAUAAAAAGUCAUUACACCUGGGGAGAAUGCAAGAAAGGCUUUGAUCCUGAAGGCACACUUGUUCAGGACCAGGGUGUCCACGCUGGAAGACAGUGUUUUGUAUGCCAGGAAUGUGGGAGAACAUUCAGGUACAAAUCUUCAUUUGUUGUGCACCAGAGAGUCCACACUGGAGGAAAGCUUCAUGUGCGUGGAGAAUGUGGCAAAUCUUUCAGGCGAAGCUCAGCCCUUGUUCAACAUCGAAGAAUUCAUACUGGGACAAGGCCAUGCAAAUGCAGCAAAUGUGGGAAAUCCUUAAGCCAACAAUCUGUCCUCAUUCAUCCCCAGAGGGAACACAGUGGAGAAAACAGCAAUGUGUGCAAUGGUUGUGCGAAAUCUUCUAGCCAUAGGACAGUGUUCGUUCAAACCAGGAGAGUUGGAGCGAGGCCUUAUAAAUGUAGUGUCUGUGCACAAUCUUUUACCUCUUCCUCUGCCCUCAGUUGUCAUCAGAGAUGUCACACAGGAAAUAGGCCUUAUGAGUGUGGUGAUUGUGGGAAAGCUUUUAUCUCUAGGUCUGUCCUUCGUUAUCAUCAUCAAGUUCACAUUGGAGAAAGGCCUUUUGAGUGCAGUGAGUGUGGGAAAUCUUUUAAACAUAGGUGGACAUUCAUUGAACACCAGAGAAUUCACACAGGAGAAAAGCCUUAUGUGUGCAGUAAAUGUGGGAGAUGUUUUACCUUUAGCUCCACCCUCCAGUAUCAUCAGAGAGUUCACACAGGAGAAAGGCCUUAUGUGUGCCGUGAAUGUGGGAAAUCUUUUAUCACCAGCUCUGCCCUCCAUAUUCAUCAGAGAGUUCACACAGGAGAAAGACCCUACAUGUGCGGUGAAUGUGGGAAGUCUUUUACCUUUAGUUCAGGCCUCUUUUAUCAUCGCAGAGUGCACAUUGGAGAAAGAUGUUAUGAGUGCAAUGAAUGUGGGAAAUCCUUUAUCCAAAGAAGUAACCUCAUUUUACACCAGAGACUUCACACAGGAAAAGUGCGUUACAAAUGUAGUGAUUGUGCAAAAUCUUUUAACAGUAAGUGGAUGCUCAUUCAACACCAGAGAGUUCACACAGGAGAAAAGUCUUAUGAGUGCAGUGAAUGUGGGAAAUGUUUUACCUGUAGUUCUACCCUCUAUUAUCAUCAGACAGCUCACGCAGGAAAAACGCCUUACAAAUGCAGUGAAUGUGGGAAAUCUUUUACAUCUACUUCCGGCCUCCAUUGUCAUCAGAGACUUCACACAGGAGAAAGGCCUUUUGUGUGCACGGAAUGUGGGAAAUCUUUUACCUUUAGCUCGGGCCUCCGUUAUCAUCACAGAGUUCACACUGGAGAAGGACCUUAUAAGUGCAGUGAAUGUGGGAAAACCUUUAUGGAUAGAUCACAAUUGAGUAAACACCACAGAGCUCACACUGGAGAAAGGCCUUAUGAGUGUCAUGAAUGUGGGAAAUCCUUCAGCCAAAAAUCUUACCUCUCGAUACACCAGAAAAUUCAUAAUAGAGAAAGGUCUUAUGAGUGCAGUGAAUGUGGGAAAUCUUUUACCUCUGUCUCUGGCCUUGGUUAUCAUCAGAGAGUUCACUCAGGAGAAAGACCUUAUGAGUGCAGUGAAUGUGGAAAAUCUUUUAACCUUAGCUCUCAACUCCGUUAUCAUCAGAGAGUUCACACAGGAGAAAGGCCUUAUGUGUGCAGUGAAUGUGGGAAAUCUUUUACCCGUAGCCCUGGCCUCUCUUAUCAUCUGAGAGUUCACACAGGAGAAAGACCUUAUGAAUGCAGUGAGUGUCGGAAAUCUUUUACUUCUAGUUCCGCCCUCCGUUAUCAUCAGAGGGUUCACACGGGAGAAAGACCUUAUGAGUGCAGUGAAUGUAGGAAGUCCUUUAUGAGCAGUUCAGCUUACAAUCGACACCGAAGAGUUCACACAGGAGAAAGGCCUUAGGUGGACAGGGAAUGUGCAGUUUCCUCUUCAGUGGAAUGGCAGCAGAGGAGACUGUGUGAGGAGCCGUCUGUCUGAAUUGAUUCUCAUGUGGAGAUUUCCUCUAAGUUUCAGGUGUGCGGGAAGCUUGUGUAAAUAUAUUGCCUUUUCUAACCUAUCAAUGGCUCUUUCUAUAUCAAAACAAGAUUCAUGUCGCUCCUAGUUUCUGUGGCCAAAGCCAUUUCACCUCUACCAUGUGGCAGGCCCACACAGUGUGCGUCAGUCACAAUGUGCUCAGGGAAGCUGACCUUUGUUCUCCCAUGUAUUAGAGCAAGUUAGGAGUCACCUGAACCCUUACAGGGUCAGCUUUCCCUCCACCUUGACUACCUUUGACAUGGGCCUGAAUCACUGUUGGCCCAGAGAAUAUCAUGAGUUGGGCUGCUAGCUUGCAGAGAACGACUCCCUUUUUUAGGACAUGUGGUCUCAUGUGAUACUUGAGAUGAAUUUGUCCAGCUUCCAAGCCAUGCACUGCCCCACGUUGCUUUGUCUUGUACGAUAAUAAAGUUUUAUAGUUUAAAUCCUC